AUGACCUCCAGGACCCCUCUGUGGGUUACAGCUUGUUGGUGCUUUUACCACAACUUAAGACGCCUGCAGUGGGUUGUGAGGAAAAGGAAAAGACCAAGAUUUUCACAUCCCCAGGUACCAGAAGCUCAGAAGACGGACAGUGGGCCAAGGGCUGGCAGCUCCCAGGGGUCCCUGCCAGACAGGAUGCUAGCUAAAAUUAGGGAUCUUCUUCAGUACGUCGCCUGCUUCUUUGCCUUUUUCUCUACUGGGUUCUUGGUUGUGGCCACCUGGACAGACUGUUGGAUGGUGAAUGCUGACGACUCCCUGGAGGUGAGCACAAAAUGCCGAGGCCUCUGGUGGGAGUGUGUCACAAAUGCUUUUGAUGGGAUUCGCACCUGCGAAGAUUACGAUUCCAUACUUGCCGAACACUCCUUGAAGCUGGUGGCAACUCGGGCGCUGAUGAUUAUUGCAGAUAUUCUAGCUGGAUUUGGAUUUAUCAUCCUGCUCCUUGGUCUUGACUGUGUGAAAUUCCUCCCUGAGGAGUCAUAUAUCAAAGUCCGCAUUUGCUUUGUUGCUGGAACCACAUUACUAAUAGCAGGUGUCCCUGGAAUAAUUGGUUCUGUGUGGUAUGCUGUUGAUGUUUAUGUGGAACGCUCGUCUCUGGUUUUCCACAAUAUAUUUCUUGGCAUUCAAUAUAAAUUUGGUUGGUCCUGUUGGCUUGGAAUGGCUGGGUCUCUGGGUUGUUUUUUGGCUGGUGCUGUCCUCACAUGCUGCUUACACCUCUUCAGAGAUGUUGGACCCGAGAGGGACUAUCCUUAUUCCAUGAGGAAGGCCUAUUCAACUGCAGCUGUUUCCAUGGCCAAGUCAUACGUGGCCCCUCGGACAGAGACUGCCAAAAUGUAUGCUAUAGACACAAGGGUGUAA